CACUCACACAAUUCAACCACAUAAGCCUCAAACUUCCUUAGUGAGUUUUCCUUCCUCUGCUCUAGUGAGUGCCACUUUAGUUAACUUUCAUAUAGUUCAUCUAAAUCUUUUCUCAAUAUUCUACACUUUGACAGCAAGAUGAAGCCAGCAUUUGCAGCUAUGUUACUUGUGUGUCUUAUCCUUAGCUCAUUUAUGUUCGAAAUGUCCAUUGCUGGCACUGAUUCAGGCCGUUUCUGUUCCUCCAAAUGUGGGCAGAGGUGCUCUAAAGCUGGGAUGAAGGACAGAUGCAUGAAGUUUUGUGGGAUAUGUUGCGGUAAAUGUAAGUGUGUGCCAUCAGGAACUUAUGGGAACAAACAUGAGUGCCCUUGUUAUAGGGACAUGAAGAACUCUAAGGGAAAGCCAAAAUGCCCUUAAUUAAUUUCUUCUCCAUAUAUACUCCAUCUAUAUAUACAACUUUGUUCCACUACUGGCCUGUAUGUAUGAUGUAUAUAUCUCUAUCUUAUGAGAUAUAUAUGUACUCUUCUUAGCUGAUUAAUCUUUGUGUCAUAUAGUAUUGUGAAAGAUAAUUGGUAUGAUGAGAAUGGGAAUAAAUCAGGGUCCUCUAUAAUGUGUAAUGUGUUAAUCAGGUUUUAUGGUUUUUUUAAGUUUAUAAAAUAAAUACUUUGAUUCUCAUGAUUGUAUCUGUUUGUAAUGUAAACUUUUAAUUUCUUAAUUUUAAAUAAACAAAUUUUCCUUUUA